UUUAUUUUUAAACUGAUUCUUAUUUAAUGUUGUAGUAUAUUGGUUGUAUUCGAGAAGCCAUUUGAGGGUUCGGUAACAAAGAAAAAACCAAAUCGUACAGCAAAUCAAAAGCAAUCGUAUUUCUUCAUCGUAUUCCAUUUCAAAAUUGUACAUUAAAGUUAGUCUAUACACGGUAGUCAUUAAAACAAAAUUACUUAUUCUUAUCAAUUUUAUAUACAUAUUAAGCAAAGCGAUUGCUGUGUUUUUUAUUAGAAAAAUGUGUCAAUAAAAAUUUACGUAAAUAAAUAUAUCCUAAUCUACAUAUAUGCAUAGAUAUAUAGAAGGUGCCUCAAUCGGAAUUUUACACGAUUAUAUCACAACUGCAAAGAAUCAGAGCAGCGAUAAUAGAAUAAGCAUGGACAUUCCUGAUAUUCGAAUGUUUAUUUCAGUGGAAUUUGAAGUGUUUGGCCACGUCCAAGAACCACGAAAACUGGGGAUUUAUAUAGACUUUUGUCCGCCACUGUACAUGACGUUUACACAAUUUUGCAUGUUCACAAUGCUACAAUAGUUUGUGUUCCCCACGCAUUCACAAUGAUCAAACUUUUUGUAGGUUGUUACUUCACAAAAUAUACUCGAGAUCUUUGCACUAAAGCUGGAAUAAAAGGAUGGGUUAAAAACUCCAAACAAGGCACCAUAAUAGGAAAAAUGCAGGGUCCAAAAGACGAAGUCGAUAGGAUGAUUAAUUGGCUCUCAAAGGAAGGAUCUCCCCGUUGUCAAAUUGAGAAAUGUGUUUUGCAAAAUACAACAACUCUUAACCGAUUGGAUUACAAGGAUUUUGCAAUUAGAUUUUAAGAUAUAUAUCAAUAUAUAUGUACCACCCGUUAAAUGCUAAACAAAAAAUAAAUAAAUUCAAAAACAAA